AUCAGCAGGAGUUCAUCCCUUGUCCAAUUCAAAAAUACCCAAAUCCUGAGAGAAACCAGUGCCUGCCCAAAGCAGUGACCUUCCUUUCCUUUGAGGAUCCUCUGGGACUAGCUCUGGCCUGCACAGCUCUUUGCUUCUCUGUCAGCACAAUUUCAGUUCUGGGGAUCUUUCUCAAACACCGAGAAUCAGCCAUUGUUAAGGCCAAUAACCGGACUCUUAGCUACAUACUGCUCACCUCCAUCCUCCUCUGCUUCCUCUGCUCCUUUCUCUUCAUUGGCCACCCAAACACAACCUCCUGCAUACUUCAACAGAUAACAUUUGCACUUGUCUUCACCUUGGCUAUUUCCACUGUUUUGGCAAAAACUAUAACUGUAAUUCUGGCCUUUAGGGUCACGAAACCAGGAAGAACAAUGAGAAGGUUCUUUGUCUCUGGUGUCUAUAAUGCUGUCAUCCCUAUCUGUGUCCUGAUCCAACUCAUUCUCUCUGGAGUCUGGCUGGGAACCUCGCCUCCCUAUACUGACAGAGAUGCACACUCUGAAUAUGAUCAUAUCAUUAUUUUAUGCAACAAGGGCUCAGUUACUGCUUUCUACUCUGUGCUGGCCUAUUUAGGGACCCUGGCCUUAGGCAGCUUCACUGUGGCUUUUCUGGUGAGGAACCUGCCUGACAGAUUCAAUGAGGCCAAGUUCCUGACAUUUAGUAUGCUGGUGUUUUGCAGUGUCUGGGUCACCUUCAUCCCAGUGUACCUGAGCACCAAGGGCAAAGCCAUGGUGGCUGUGGAGGUCUUCUCCAUCUUGGCCUCCAGUGCAGGGUUGCUGGGUUGCAUCUUUUUCCCUAAGUGCUACAUUAUUCUCUUAAAAUUUGAUAGUAACUCAUUGAGAU